CUUGGAUUCCGUUGCCAGUCACUGCGUUCCAACGGCGAGUUCUAUAGGGAAGCCUCUGCACCGAACAGGUCUCUUGUUUUCUCUUCCUCGUGCUGAAAGGAAAACACUUAUCCUCCCCAUCAUCCUGUUACCUGUGGGUCCGCAGUCUACCGGUCCGGUCUUCGGCGGACAAAAGACGCUGCAAGGCAGCUGAAGCAGGGCCAACGCUGGCUAGAACGGAGCCUUCGCCGUCUCCUAACGUCUGUCGGGUCCAUUACAUUACUGAGACGCCACGGUGUCGGGGGUGUGAAUAGAUCUUCUCUUGGUCUUCUUUCGUUGUUCAUCUCUGUGCUGUCCUGUACCGUACUUCUGACCAUAGAGGCCGGUGUCUGCAUAAACCACGACUCACCAGCAGCCUUAAGGAGAGAACCCCUGGCCAGCACUGACUCCCAAAAUGGCAGACGGUCGCCAACCUGAAGACAGCCCCCCUCAGUGGGACCCAUCAGGGACAAAGGACCCGUCAUCCCCCCCAGCCCACGGGGCUAAUGGGUACCCUCCCUCCUACAGGGCGUGCCAGUCAGGGACAGCUCAUGGAGCGGCACCUCCUUCCUAUAACGCUAGAGAAAAUGGCUUCAACGGGGACCACGCAGUUACGGCUGAGCAAGUGUCUGCGCGGAUCGUACAGGAGGUGACAGCCGAGGCGGUGGCAGUACUGAAGGGAGAACAGGAGACGAGACUGCCGUCAGUUGAAGACACGGCGAACUUGCCCCCGUCCCCUCCUCCAUCACCUGCUGCCGAGCACUGCUUCCAACCACUGGAGCAAGAUGUAGGGGAUGAGGUGGAGGAAGCCUGCCCUCUCCGCCGCUUCCAAAAUUCUCGGGAGAGGUGCAAGUUCCUCGCCCCCUCCAUCUCUGUGUCUGUGCCCGAGGAUGACCCCUACCACUCUGACGAGGAGUACUAUGAUCACCCCUUGUUCAGCCCUGAGUGGGAUUGCUCGGGCUCCUCUCGGCCCACAGUGCCGGCCGCUGCCUUUAGACAGAUCCAAGUAGAGACUGUCGAGGCACUUACUGACACCUUCGAGGAGGAGGAUGAGGAGGAUGAGGAGGUGUUGAUGUUGGAGGAGGAAGUGGAGAUGAAAGGGGCAGCCGCAGAAAUCGUGGCGGCUCUUGAGGAGCUGUGCAGUGGGGAUGACCCUGAGCCUGAGCUGGAGAGCCCCCCAGACGAGCCCUUAGAGCAGGCAGAGGCCGUGGGCCAGGCCCAAGCUGCCCCCCCCAUACAGGCAGAGGCAACUAGUGCUGUCCCACAAGGCCCUAAUGGGAGGGAGGAGGUGAAGGAGGUGGAUGAGGAGAGCACUGAGGAAGCUUUGAAGAUGGACACGGACAAACCAGACAGUGAAAAAAGUGGAUCCCUCAGCCCAGACUUCCCUGAACCAGAAAGUCCAGCUUUCUUUAGAGUGGACCAAGCAGCAACACCUCUGAGCCCCAAAACAGACAUGGCUUCCCCUUCUCUAUCUCCUUUCCCUCCAAACAGCCAGAGCCAAGACAAAGAUUCUAUCAAAAUGUCUGCACUGGAUGAACCUAAAACAGUCUCUGAGAAGCAGCCAUCAGUGGAAGUUCUUGACUCCAGUAUCCUCACUGGUGUUGAAGGGUCUGGAUUCUCUACAACCGAGGACAGAAGUCAAAACCAAAGUGUUUCAUCUGACUCUAACAAAGACAAAUCUGGUAUGUCAGCUUAUUUCGAGACUUCAGCUCUGAAGGCCGAAGAGGAAUCCAAGGAGAUUCCAGCAGCGGAAGGUUAUUAUGAACUGAGUACAGCAGGAGAAGGGAAGAAAACUUUAGGGAGCAGUUCCCCAACAGUUCCUUCACCCCCUGAGAUUAACUACAGCAUGCUUGCACAAACCCAGUCAGUGGAUGAGAAACCAGACACCAAGAUGAGUCUGAUUGGAGAUCAGAAGGACACCUUACCGGCCCUGGACAGGGGUAAAGAAUGUAGGCUGUCUCCUGGAAAGUUGGCUCUGGAUCAAAGAAGCUACUCUCUCAACAUUACGAUUGGAUCAAUGGAUUCUACCGGCCAAGGUCGACCGAGGAACUUCUCCCCACUCGCCACAGAUAUCAUGUCCUUCACCAGUGGUAGUCUGGAUGAUUCUGCUGAGUACCUCCCGGUCACCACCCCAUCGGUAGAGAAGGUGCCGCCCCCUUUCCCACCCCUGAUCCUUGAGACGGCAGCGUCAGUGACAUCGGACACCUCAUCCCCCCCCCACAACACAGCGCCAGAGACCCCCCAGGGGUCAGAGUCACCAGAUUCUCCCUUCCCACCCAAAUACUACUACAAAAAUGGGACAGUCAUGGCCCCCGACCUACCUGAGAUGCUGGACCUGGCGGGCACCAGGUCUAGACUGGCGUCUGAGAACACCGAUCCAGAGAUUGUAAGAAGGAAGUCUGUCCCUGCAGACACACAAGGCCUUGGCUGUGACUCCCUGACCAGCCUGGUCCUGGAGGACCAGAGUCAGAACCAAAGUCUCGCCAAGAGCGAGAGUCAGCUGGAGGAGUUGGGUUACUGUGUGUUCAGUGAGUACUCGGGGCCCAUGCCUUCCCCCGCCGACCUGCAAAGUCCCAUUGACUCCCCUCCGCAACGCUUCACCCCAAUGGCUCUGGAGGAAAAGAUGGCAGAGGAAAAGUUGAAGAUAGAUGCCAGAGACAAAUUAGAUGAAGAUGAGAAGGGUCAGGUGGCUGUGGGUGCAGGUUCCACAGAAAAGGAAGAAACCAAACAAAUUGGAAGCAAAGGUUCCACUUCAGAGGAAGACAGCAACAAAGAUAUCAUCCAUGACAAAUUAGCCGUGGAAGACAACACGGUUUCCGCUCUAAACGAAACCGAGUCCUUCAUGACCCCAACAGUGACAGUCACCCUGGAUGAAGGGGGGAAACUAGGGGAUGGAGGACCAGAAACGGAUGCUGAGAUGGCUGCUUAUGAGAAGCAGAUCCGCAGGCUGGAGAUGGAGGACAGGCCUCUUAGCAUGGAGGAGGAGCGAGAACUUCAGGAGCUUCGGGAAAAGGUGAAAGACAAAUUCCUGGUGCACCAGGAGGCAUACGAGGAGGUAGAUGCUGAAGAUGUCUACCAACUGACUGGGGUAGCCAAGGACAGGAUUGGCAGGCCUAUCAGACCUUCCCCAGCCUCUUCAGUGGAAAGCACGACAGAAGAAGACAAGACUCCAGUUACUGAGGCUGAGAAACCUAAUGAGACUGGUGGUCAGACAACACCUCCAAAGGUUGAUAUCAUUCCAAAGUCUCUGCCUGUGUCAGAUGGUGGCGUGAGCACCACAGAAGAACAGACAGGGAAGGUUUCCGAAGAGAAGCUGAAGAACGAGCAUGGUAUGGAGGUCAAAGAGAUGACCAUGGAAGAAAAGGAAAAGGAAAAGGAAGAGGACAAAGGGGAGGAGAAGAAGGAGAAAGUAGAGGAGGAGGAGGACAAGGAGAAGGAAGAAGAGAAGAAGGAGGAGAAAGAAGAGAAAGUGGAAGAGAAUAUCGAACAUGUGGUGGAACAAGAGGAAGUCACAAUAGAGAUAAAACCAUCAAAGCCUGAAGAAAAAGAAGAGAUGGUUGCCAAGGAUAUAGUGCUUGACAAUGAGGAAGAGGAGGAUGAGGAGGAUCGUGAAGUUCUGACAGGGGCAAGAGCUGAUGUCGAUGACCUUCCAGAACCCAGAGCUGUCAUAGAGUCCGUGGUGACUGUAGAAGAUGACUUUAUUACUGUAGUCCAGACCAUCGACGAGGGCGAGGAACCAGGACACAGUGUGCGUUUUUCCGCUCUGCCUGAGCCUGAGACGCCACAGGCUCUUCACGAAGACGAGGAAGAGGAGGAUGAGGAGUCCCAGGAGGUGGAGAUUAUGGAAGCAGCUAGUCUGGAGGAGGUGGGCGAUGUCUCAGAGGAGGUCAGUGAGAAGGAGGUGCCUGUCUCCCCAGAAAAGGAGGUAUAUACAGAGACAGAGGGACAGACCGAGAGCUACGAUAGAGAUGAGACCACAAUGGAUGACUCCAUUCUAGACAGUUCUUGGGUUGACACUCAAGAUCUCUCCAAUGUCGAUGUAGAUGAUGAUAAAAGCAUGGCUACAGAGCAGAUUGAGCCCUUAAUAGCCGAUCGCAUCCCAGCCCCACCCGUCAAGAAAGAGAGGAGUCCCCAGCAGGAGAAGGAGAAGAGGGAGAAGCAGCCAGUGAAGCCCAAGACCAAAGGGGUUAGAGUGAAGGGGCGCGAGGGUCGUGUCUCCACCCCUGAACGUAAACCUGUACGCAAGGAGCCAGUCUGCAUCCCCAGGGAGGAAGUCAAGAAGAAAAAAGCCGUGAUUAAGAAAACUGAGCUGACUAGGAAAGAGGGGACCCAGACGCGCUCUUCUCCGUCCCGGAAGAGUGUGUUAAAGCCUACUGCUGUCAGGCACCCUCGGCCCGCCCAACCCCACCCCCACCCCCAUCCCUGUGCUAGGAGGAAACCUACAGGAGGUGUGCCAGAAGGUCGUCGGCCCCUCAGUGUUGCCAGACAGUCUCGUGACAGAGCCUCAUCAGCACCGCUAACAAAGAUCCCCACCUGUAAAAUUCGAACAGCCAUCUUCCUGCCCCCCCGCCCUAACUCGUCCUGCUCCUCCCACACUAAAAACAACUCGCUGGUGGAGGCGGAGUUUGAUAGGCCCCGCCCAUCAUCGGCCGGGCCUCCUGACUCGCACUCACUACACACACUAAUAGGCAAGGACGGUGGUUCUCAAAGCCCAAAACGGUCAUCCCUGCCUCGGCCGGCCUCUAUCCCGCGGCCUGCUUCAAUCCUGAGCCGACGUACUCACCACCUCCCACCCGACCAAGAGGAGAGCUCCACAUCUAUUACCAGUUCUGGCUCCACCGCCCCACGCAGGCCAAUGUCCUUCAGUACAGACGUCAGGGCAGAGCAUAGGACAGGACGCGCCCCUAGUUGGACAGGCACCCAGUCCAUGCGUUCCCGUUCGCUGUGCAGUGGCCCCACCACACCCAGAACCCCAGGAUCAACAGCCAUCACCCCGGGUACCCCGCCCAGCUACAGCUACUCCUGCCGCACCCCUGGCACCCCCCGGACCCCGGGCACACCACGCUCCCUCAGCCUGCUGCAGGAGAAGAAGGUGGCCCUGAUCCGCACCCCUCCCAAGUCCCCUGCCACCACUCCCAAACAGCUCCGUGUCCUUAACCAGCCCCUGCCAGACCUCAAGAACGUCAAGUCCAAGAUCGGCUCCACAGACAACAUCAAGUACCAGCCCAAGGGGGGACAGCAGCACAGAGGCAGAAGCAGGGGCCAAACAGCCAAGCCAACAGAGGCCAGACGCAACCCCUCGUGGAUAUGGAGGUCUCUCCUGCGCGUGGUCUCUCUCACCUUAUAUCUGUCUGCUGCACACAGUGUGACGUGGGUUCCCAUGCCAGCCAAAGACCCACUGAUUCAGAUUUUAAACAAGAAGCUGGACUUCAGUCACGUAAAGUCAAAAUGUGGAUCCAAGGAUAACAUGAAGCAUUCUCCUCGUGGAGGCCAUGUGCAGAUCCAGACCAAGAAGAUUGACCUGAGUCACGUGACCUCCAAAUGUGGCUCCCUGGACAAUAUCCGCCACCGGCCAGGAGGAGGUAACGUGCGCAUAGAGAGUGUAAAGCUGGACUUCAAAGACAAGGCCCAGCCCAAGGUGGGUUCCCUGGAUAAUGCACAUCACACCCCUGGUGGAGGCCACAUCAUGAUCGAGAGCCAUAAGCUGUUGUUCCGUGACACGGCCAAGGCCCGGGUGGACCACGGAGCAGAGAUCAUUGUGACCCACUCUCCGGGAACGGCCAUGUCAGGGACGGUGUCCCCACAGCGCCACAGCCACCUGUCCUCCUCAGGCAGCAUCAACCUGCUGGAGUCUCCACAGCUAGCCACUCUGGCUGAUGACGUCACUGCCGCCCUGGCCAAGCAGGGCUUGUGAGCACCACAUCCCUCCAACAUCCCUCCAGUCAAUCCCAGCCCAGAUGCUCGGUCACCACCGGACACCUCCACUGUUCCCCCCGAUGCCCUAUUCACAGGUCCUGGACCCUGUCCUGUGUCCUUCUACUACACCCCAGAUGACCGCUCCCAUGCUCCUGACACCUUCAGCUGGCCCCAAGCGGACUCCCGAACCCCGCCUCAACCCCACUCUGCCUCAACCCCACCCCAAUCUUUUUUGUCAAUCCCACCCUGCUCAAUCCCACCCUGCCUCAGCUCCACCCUGCUCAACCCCAUGCUGCCUCAACCCCAGGCUGCCUUAACCUCACCCUGCCUGAAUCUCACCCUGGCUCAACCCCGCUCUGCCUCAACACUACCAUGUGCAACACCACCCUGCCCCCGCUCUGCUUCAACCCCACGCUGCCUCAACCCCACGCUGCCUUAACCUCACCCUGCCUCAACACCACCAUGCACAACCCCAACUCGCUUAACCCCACACUGCCUCAACCCCACCCUGGCUGUAGUCCACUUUGCCUCUGAUCUCUUCCGUCUGCCUCCUGCCAGCAUCUACCCAGCAGUCAAUCCCAGGUACCCUCAUCCCAUACCAUCUACUCCCCAAGUCACCUACGUCCAGAUUCUCUCACCCUGCCCCAGGCUUCUGAUUCCUCACCCCUACUUCUCAUCAGCCCCAGCUCCAAUAUCCCCAUCCUGCUGCCUUCUCCGACAUACCACCCGAUGGAGCUACCUACCCCACCCUCUGUCAACAAUAUGAAGAUUAAACAGCAACAAGAACCCUAAUCGAACAAGAGACUAUUUAGGAAGCACUCUGCUCCAUGUUCUGUCAAGAUGUUCAUUCCAAGUACCUGUGCUUAUUUUUUCCUUCUUUUAUUUGGUAUAUCAAAAAAAGCUGCGUAUAGACAGAUAGCUAGUAUUUAAGUAGAUAGUGUCCAAGCACUGACCCAAGAUGUGCACAGAAUAAUCUGGGUAUGGGCCGUGUGUAGGGUGGGCUAGUCUCUGUUAAAGACAUAGGAGGAGCCUUUUCUUACACUAGGUCAGUCGGAAGUCAUGUGGCCAUGCCUGUGGCAUCUCGCCAGCCCCUCGUUUGUUUCCGUAAAAGUGCAUGGAUGUAUGCCAGAAUCAACUCACCAUACAUCAAGCAUCCUUGCAGCAAGUCAUGCUUUUCCAACAUCCAAUAUAUAAUGAAUAUAUAUAAACAUAUGUAUAAAUAUACAAGCUCUUUGUCAGCAACAACAUCUCUUCAAAUAAUAAUUUUAAAAUAGUGAUAAGUCCUAUAAGUGUAACUUAUACCUGUAAGAUUUGCAUUAUUGCAAGAACCCAAUAAUGGUAUGAUGAGCAUGUAUCAAUUCUAGUUGCAAAAAGAGGCUAUUUUCUAUUUCAAAUAAAAUGAUUUUAGAAAGUUAUUUCCUGAAUCAUUGGAUAAAAAUAUGAAGACAAUGUUUUUGUAGAUAUUAAUGGAUUAGUAUGUUAUGCUUGUUGAAGUGGAUUUCAGGCAACUGUGCUGGUAUUGCUAAGAAAUGCAUCUUUCAGGCCUGCAACAGAGUAAUAAUCUACCAUUCUUUCUAGAGGGAGUUUAUGCACAUCCAGCAGGCUCAUGCUAAGUAAAAAGGUAAUAAGCUGUGCACCAUUCUUGCUAGGUCAAGGCCUUGUUGAAGAUUCAAGGACACAUCCCUCUAUAUUUCUCAUUAUGGAGUCUGAGGACCAGGACAUUGAUGGCAUCUGCUAUUUUCAAUGUAGUCAAGAGAGUGGCACUUGAGGACAUCCUUCCUGAUGCCCGGGUUUGACACAAAUCCCACCAGGGUAGGAUAGAUAGAUCAACCAACAAGGUUGAAUUUUCCAUCCAGUUGAUCGACUCUUGAGGAAAGAUGAAGUUGAAAGUCUCACACACUUGAGUAAAUUAAUUGCAGAUGAUAUCAUUGGUGAUUUCAAUGCUAAAACUGCCUUUUGGCCACUAGAGGCCUCUAAACCUGUCUACAGACAAGGCGGACAAUGCACUAGGCACCUCUAACCUCGAUGAGAUCUCUCUGGUAGCAGGCUAGUUAGCUAGAUCUGGUUGUGCUCACAGAAUCUGUGAACACAAUCCAUUCCCAAAUGCUAUCUAGGGAUGUUGGAGAGCUGUAAGAUAUUUUAGUCUAUAUGGUUUGGUGAACAAGGCUCUCAAAGCAGGCUGAAAAAGCACUCAUGAGGGCUUGCAGUUGUCUGAACUGUAUUGUGGAUGAAGCUAUGACUAUUAUUAUUUCAAUUUAGGAAGCCGCUGCAGAACCCUUGGACUCUAAUGUCCUUACUGUUCACUUCUGGAUGCUUGGUUUGUUUUAAUGUGAACAUUUGGGGGAAGAAAGGGGGAAAAUGAAUAAAAAAUAGAUUAAUAAAAAUAAACAAAAAAAGCAAAAUAAACAAAUCAUAUUGCAUCUGUUUGAUAUUGUUCCGCUAUAUUUUUUCUGUCGUCAUUUGUGGUAUUUAGCCCUUUUCCCUUCCUAAUAAUCCUGAUGUUUGUUUGCUUCUGUGUUCUUUCUGCAUCCCCUAUCCCCUAUCCAACCUCCACCUACAGCAACUGUAAAUGGAAUUAAAAGUAGAUGUACGGAGUUUUUCUCCUGUUGAUAUGAUACUGAAAACAAAAUGCUCUUAACAAUUCAUGACAAUAAAAACAACAAAAAAGACG